AUGCCUCAGUUGCUGCAAAACAUCCACGGGAUCAUUGAAGCCUUCGGGUGCUAUGCCCAGUCAGAGGGUGGCCACAAAGUACUCACGAGGCAGGAGCUGAAGAGGCUCCUGGAACAUGAGUUUGCCGAUGUCAUAGUGAAGCCCCAUGAUCCUGAAACUGUGGAUGAAGUCCUUCGCCUGUUGGAUGAAGAUAACACAGGGACUGUAGAGUUCAAGGAAUUCCUGGUAUUGGUGUUUAAAGUUGCUCGGGCCUGCUUUAAGACAUUGAAUGAGAGUCCUAAGGAUGCUUGCCUGACUGACAAGUCUGUAUCUUCAAAAGAGCUGGAGCAAGGACAGAGAAGUGGUGCUGAAGUGGCAAAAGAUGGAGCAGCACAGCACUGUGAAGACAAGAGCUAUGAACAGAGAGAUCAGGCUUCUAGAGGACAGGACAAGGACCAGGAUACAGCACAGAUGGAGGGGAAAGGAAUCACAGCCAAGGGACUAUAUAACUACUUGAAGACAGAGCAAUCAUGA